GUACUGCGUCAGUACUUCAAACAGACUAAAUUUCGCGCCCGUUUUCCGCGGAAAACCCGGGGGUGGCGGCGUGUCGGCUUCGAAUUCGGUACCGAGUGAAAUCAACGAUUUCGGUAUCCAUCUUUAGUUUGGAAAGCAGUGCGUGAAAGCUGUGCGUCGGGUAUGAAAAUUGGAGCGGUCACGGAUAAACGGGAAAAUGAUACUGGAAAUUUUUGAUAGCUACCCGGCAAAAUCGCUCGUCUGCUGACGUGGUCAACAACGAUCCAUGUCUUGGAAAGAACGUAACGACUUUAAUGGCAACAGAUGGAGUCCGAUUACCAUUGGUUAGUUACUGUAGCUUUGGUGACGUCAUCUGUUAUCGCCGUCACGGCCAAUGCCUUCUUGCUACUGGUGUUCGCAAGGAGGAGAGGGCUGAGGACUGUACCAAACAGAUUUAUCAUCAACCUGCUGAUCACGAACCUCCUGUCAAGUCUGCUCCUCAUUCCCCUUUUGUUGGUGGACCAGAAGUCCCUACCGGCCAGCUUCAAUUCCACGAUGUCCGUGCACAUCAACAAGACCUUCGAGGAGGACGUCGUCAUCAAGGAGGAGAUAAUUAGCCCGGGCAAAGACUUGCGGAUAGUCGAGACCAGCGAGAAGCUCGUCACCGAAAACCUGCAGGGGUUCAUAUUCUCCAACCGCUCCGACGAUCACGAUCUGCUCUGCUACUUCGCGCAGGCUAGCACCAGCUUCGUGUGCACCGCGUCCAUCUUCAGCAUACUUCUGAUAGGGAUCAACCAGUACAUUGGCGUCAUCCAUUCGUUGCGGUACCACUUCUACGUGAACAAGGGCAGGUCGAACGUGUUGAUCGCGAGUAGCUGGCUCGCGGCGCUCCUCUGCGCUGUGCUGAGCACCGUCACGUACUCCGACGGGAGUCUGUGGCACUUUUGCGGGAAGAGAAGCGACGAGGACGCCUCCACCAGGACCCUCAACACGAUUUACGCGUUCGGCUAUUUCUUCUUCGUCAUACUCGCCCCAUUCGUGGCCAUCUGCAUCAUCUACUUGUGCAUUUACACGGCGGCUCAUCAAAGCAGCGAGCGCAUGCGCAAGAGUACAUCAGCGGCGUCGCCCUUGGACUCGAUCCAGGUGCCUCCGGAAGGCAAGAAGUUUCGUGGGUUGCCGAAGGUGCAUUCCGCGCCAAACUUCACCCACUUGAACUGUCGAGAGGUCUGCUCGGACGAGACGAGAGACCGGAACAGUUUCAUCACCAACUUAAAGCACAAGCUGUCGAACGCUUCCGUGUUCAGGUACAGAGAAGAAACUAGGGCGGCGAAAAUCAGCAUCCUCGUGAUAUUCAUGGUGCUGGUAUGUUACGUGCCGUACGGUUUGACUCUGGUGCUGACGUCGGGAUGCAUCGAGAUUAGCCCCGGUCAAAUAUUCAAUUACCUGUCGUUGGUGUUGUUGGUUUUUUCGAACGUAAUGUCGCCGUUUUUGUUCGGUUAUAGGAAUAAGCGCGUCAAGAGGGAAAUCGCGCGGAUUUUCGCGACUCAAAAAGCACCCGAAGCGGAAAAUCACGACCGUCAGGCGACGAUUCUGCGCAACAGGAGUUUCGGGGAGGUCGCGGGGAACUCCGAACCGUUGCUGUCGCAGAAUCGACUCGUGCCGGAAGUGAUAGUCACGUGUAAGGUGGAGAACGAGAGUAAAAGCAUCCUGAAGCGGGUCGGGUCUGGUUGGGCGAGCUACAAAAAGUGUAGUUUCAUAACUGUGCCCGAUAGUUGCCUCGGCGACGCUAGGGGCUCGUUUUCUAGCGCCAGCACGCAGAUCUCGAGCGACGAAUAGCAGAUGGAGUUGAGGCUUUGGUCUGCGCGGUGUCGAUUUGCAGGUGAAAGUGCCACCGAUGACGUGGAACGGUAUUGAGGCCGAAACGUCGGCUGAUAUUUGAAUGACGCUUCCACAAGCUCCCGUAAUAGUAACAAUAAUAAUAUUAAUAAUAGUCUUUAUUAAGAUAUUUUAAAUUAUUGCGAAAGAUUUAGACAAAAUGCAAACUAAUAUAGCUUACCGAAGAUUACAAUAUUAAUGAAACAACAACCUAAAACAAUAAUAAGAGUCUAAACGUUCAUUAUUGGUAAAAUAAACUUGCGUCAACUUUUGACUAAAAUAUCUUUUUUUUUAAGAAACUACUGAUCGGAUAAAAAAGCUGUUUGAAAGACAAUUUAAUAUGCUUUAAUAAACUAUUAAAUUUUAUUUCUUCUGUUUACUUUCGAAAAUCGGUAAAUGUCUGUCCCUUCUCUGUUCUCGUCUUUUAGUUUUUCGUGAAUAACUUUCGAACCGUUGUAGGUACAAAAUUAAAAUUUGCCGCCUUUUUAGCCCUCCACGAGGCACAUAAGCUUAUAAGAAAUGGGCCUGAUCCCACGACGGUAUCUAUCCGUGCCACUGACUCUCUAUGACAAAUAAUGUUUUGAUAAAAUCAUUAUUUUUCAAGGUUUGACAUUUGACGUUAUUCGAAGGUGACGUAAACGAUAUAUGCAGCGGAAUUUCAAUUAGCGAAAAUUUUUUUUUUGCAACUUAUUUUCAAAAGUUCAAAAUGUACGGGGCGCAGCCGCCAUCAUUUAGGCAAAACGUUUUUUUCUACUACGGACGGCUAAAAUGCACGUCAUUUUGAAACAAUUCUUUGCGUAAAACUCUACAGGAACAUAUUAAAAUUAUCUCUAGGCUUAGCAGAAUGUAUCAGUCCACAAAUAUCAAAAUUAAACUAGAAAUUACAAAAAACGGCUGGACCAUAAAGCCAUCUCUUAAGUGUCACAAAAUAUAUCGAUUUCAAAAGAACUAUACUAAAUUACUAAUGGUCCUUAUCGUCGAAUCCGCUGUAGUAAAUUAAGGCACCUCUCACAUACGAGGUUUGUUCAAAAAGUAAGGGUACUUUUAUGUUUUAUCAAGAACUAUUUAUUUAAUUAUCGAAAUUAAUUUUGUCUCCUUCGAAGUAAUCCCCUCCAGAUAUGAUACACUUAUGCCAACGUUUUUUCCAAUUUUCGAAGCACUUGUGCUAAACACUUUCUAGUAUAGCCUUGAGUUCUGCCAGUCAUUUUUUCUUUAUUUUCUCUGUCUUAAAUUUUGGGAACAGCAAAAAGUCGCAUGGGACCAUAUCCGGUGAAUAUGGUGGCUGACGCAUGAUUGUGGCUUGUGCACUAUCAUCAUGCACAAUGAAUUAUUCUCCAACGAUUCGGGACGUUUUCUUCGCAUUGUUUCUCGCAAGCGGUGCAUAACUUAAAGGUAAUAUUCUUUAUUGACCGUAUGACCUUGUAGUAAGAACUCUUAAUGUACUACGCUACGAUGUAUAUCAAUAUAAAAAAAAUAUCGAAAUAGCUCGCCCAAUUACCAAAGUCACCUUUUUUUUGAACACACCUUGUAUACAACUCAUCAAGAUAAUAAUAUAAAAUAUAAAAUCCACUUAAAUUCUCAACUAACAAUCUUUGUUUUAUAAUGGUGACUUAAUUUUAGUUCCAUGUAAAACCUUUACUCCCCAUUUAUUUGUAACCAAAAUAUACACUUCUUUAUAUGUAUAUUUAUAUGUAUUUUGCUUUUACCCUGAAGAAUUUUUGCUUUAAGUUAUUAAAUAUUGUAACAACUCAAAAAGGUCUCUUCUUACUAUUUAAUUUUAUUUGUCACGAAAAAUAUAUCGAAUCACUCUAUAUUUUACCCUUUCUAGAACUGAAGCGACCUGACUUUUGAGCAUCUUAAAAUGUAAAAAAAAACUUUAACAAAGGAAGCUACUUAUUCUUUCUAUUAAACAAAUAUUUAGUAGUUAUUUAUGAAGAUUUAUUGUCCUUUGCCAAAAUGACUAGUGUUUAUCUAAUUCGACAGCAUCUCCAGGCAAUAUUUGCUAUUACUGUUGUGGCCGUUUAUUACUGUGUUCAUAUUACUGAUUUUACUAAAUAUUUGCUUCAUUUAUUUGACAGUUUGAAAAAAUAAUAUGGUUGGGAUGGCUUAAUCACUAACUAAAUUUACUUUGCUCAGUUUUCAAAUCUACGAAUAAGUAUAAGUAUUGUUAUACGUCAUAAUCUUGUCGGCUGUGAAGUGAAUGAAAAUGUUGAAGGUAUCAAUCUAACCAUGGUCAUAAAUGUUCUUUUACUGUUAGCUGAUUCAAAUUUCUAUCUGCAACCUAUAACUGAACAUGUUUUUACCUGUCCGGCCUUACAGAAUACUUGGUGCAUUUCAGAAAGGUAUAAUAAAUCCUUAUUAGGUAUACAAAGGGACUACAAAAUGACAACUACCACACCAAAUGGUGUGUCAAGUAUUCUCGUCGCAAUAGAAUACUCGUAAAAGAAAAGAAUUCUAUUUUAUGGGAAUAAAAAUUAGACAAUUAAACAUUAUCAAACCCAAUUAUCCAAGAUAAUGAUUUUUGACUCUAGAUUCUGAUUGUUUGGCAAUAUCUCCCCUGCUUGACCUCAAAGUGAGAUUUUAAGAAAAUAUCUCGAAUUGCUUAAUAUACAAGUUUAGUACGGAUUUGAUAAAAGUAUUGAGAGUACCUUUAUUUUAAAAGACACCGGAAAAGGUUAUUAAGAAAAAUGUAGAGAUGGAUAUUUAUCAAUCAUGUAAAUCACGUCAAAUUAAAUUGAUAUUCUCUCAAAAUGCAGCUUGCUUUUUGUAGAUCGCCAUAGUAGCAAUUUUUCUCUAAUAGUAACACAAACAGCUUUGACACUUCUGGACGAUUUUCUUUUCUUUUGUGCUACUGUCUUUCUCUGCCGCAAUAAUUUAAAAACGGUGAAGAAUUUUUAUUUGUUUCUCUACGAAUUUCUAAAAUAGUCUCUAAUUAUUUGGAGAACUCGUUUGUAUAAAUGAGCUACUUUUUAUAAAAUAUGAGCAUGGAUAUUUUUGUAUUACACCAAAGUCGUGGUGGCUCCUUCGAAAUAUGAAAAAUACGUGUACGAUGUGGUGAUUAAAAUUAUAAAUGUACAUUUAGUGGCUGUAGAUAUUCGUGCGGCAACCGACAAGGCAGACCAAAGCUACAAAACCGAUCGUUCU